AAACACGAAAGAGGCAUGACUCCGCCUUGGAAGCCGUGUCACAUGCAAAUUUGCCAAUGAAUGCAGCUUUAAAAGGGACCUCCGUCCGUUCAUGGUGUGCUGCGUCUUUGUCUAGAGAGAGAGAGAGAGAAUGACAACUGUAAGCGUGGAUGAAUGAAUUCUAAAGUUGAUCAGCAUCACUUCACAGCUGCCUUCGACAGCGAGCGAAGCAAGGCCUUUUGGAAGAGAACCUCGGAAGUUCCGCUUCUUUUUCGGCUGACCUUGCAAGCGAAACUCAGCGGAACAUCUAGGACCACGUUGGUGUUUGUGAAAGCCAUGAAGUCGAUGCUCGCAGUGCUAGCGGUGGCGACAGUGCCAGUCACUGCCGUGCGGAUGGAGUUGGCCAACCGCAGUGAGGAGAGCCCCGCGCGCUUGAAGCGAUGUGCCUCCACCUGGCAGGACGGGCCGACCGAGAGCAAAUGCUGCUCGUGUGGAGGGCAAUAUGGUGGCGGAUGUAUCGAAAAUGCUCAGGUGAAGCCGUGUUGCUUAGCAUGGGCCACGGAUUGCCAAAGCACCGACCCUUUGUUUCAGAUUGGCUUUGCCUUCGAUUGCAACUAUGCCCCUUAUCAGCGGGGUUUGUAUCCCGAUGAGUUCAAAGUCGAUGAGACGUGCAAGAGCAGCUGCUCCAAAGUCUUCGCUGAUCAUCAGAAGGCCGCAUCUGAGUGGGUCAUCGCAAAGAACUUGGUCAAUUGGGUGUCGAACUCAAAGCUCUUGGACAAAUGCGCAUGUGGAGAGUUCAAUCUGCAGACCCAGCAAUGCAAGGCGGUGAAUCGUUGGGGCAAGGGAAGGAGAAGCGUUGCUGCAGUCGGCUCACCGACUGCAAACCAGGAGAUGCCUGGCCCAAGGAGUUUGAAGAACUGCAAGAGGUCUCCAAAGCCAAAGGACAAGAGUUCGACCAGUGCUUUCAGAGUUGCAAGUCCCGCAUUCCUGAGCUUUGCGUGGCGGAUUUGCAGAAGACCCAGGAGGCCUUUCGCCAGUCCUUGGAGAAAGACAUUGAGGCUUUAGGACCGAGGCCGGGAGAUAACGAUCGGAAGCUCCUGGAGUGGCAAAAGAACUACGAGGAGCUCAUUGGAGGCAAGCUGCACCAGGAGAAGCUCGCACGCUUGCAGCGGAUCUAUCAGCAGUUGGAGUGAAACCACCUGGUGUCCCUGGUGCGGACUUCUUCCGAACGCCGAACUCUGUGAAGUGGGAGUGUGGAUGGCAGCGCGCUUCCUCCUCCUCCUCCCGGAGUGAACCACCGAGCCGACCAAACUCGAACGCAAAAAGGAGGUCCCGCUUGCGGGGGGGUGUCCGCUUUCCGUGUCCUCCGUCGAAACGGGACUGUUGUGAAACUGGCCACGAGUCUCGGAAUCGCACCCCUGC